CAUUGUUGUUUGGUUUUCUCGUGAGAUAUUUGCUCAGGGUUAUCUAUAGAGUGGUCAACUCUUUUGGGUCAUAGCAACAGAAGCAAAAUGGCGCACCGUUCUCUAUACCGGCCAUUGUUUGUACUAGGGCUUGUUGCUUGUUGUGCAGCUUAUGCUGCCGCCCAAGACACCCCGCGGGCACACCCAUUGACGAACCUGCCACCAGCUGGUGAAAUCUCGACGGGCUAUUUCUUUCCUGGUUAUCCCACACGGCAGUUCAUCGCGGGCGAACCGGUCAAGGUGGUUCUCGGAGUCCGGAAUGAGGCUUCGGAGAACUAUAACAUCAGCAUGAUCAUGGGUAGCCUCAAUAACGCGCAAGAAUUCCGCGCAUAUUACUGGAACUUCACGCAGCAGCUCUACUUCCAAAUUGUGGAGCCCAGCAAGGAGCUUUCUGUGGAGUACACCUUCCUGCCCCCGAAGGACCUGCCCCCCAACGACUACCAGGUUGCCCUGACGGUUUUCUAUGAGGCCGCUGAUGGCUUCAAGAGCACGACUUUCUUCAACCAGACCAUUACAGUCCUUGAGAAGGGGCAGCUGAUUGAUUGGAAACUCAUCUUCCUCUAUGCUAUCUUCAUUGGCCUGGUUUUUGCUGGUGCAUACUUCGCCUGGAGUGCUGUUAAGGAGUCCCCAAUCUACAAGAACGUUGUUGGAAAGCGGACCCGCAAGGUGGAGGUCAGCCGCGCAUAUAAUGACGAUGAGUGGGUGAAGGGCACGCCUUAUGACAAUUUCCGCAAGAAGAAGGCCGCUGCAGCGAACAAGGGUUCGCCAAAGAAAGGGCAAUAAUCCCUUGACAGGACGAUUUCUAGCUGUCUCUAGGUACAUCCGUGUGCGCAAAAUUGCGGGAGCUUGGAUGUGUGAGCUUGGUGAUUGGCUAACGGCUUGUAGACGACGGUGUGCAUAUAUUACUUUUAUAGUCCCGGACAGACUUACGCUGCUUGGAUGCGGGAGGUUUCGCAAUUGUGUGCAGGUAGGCGCAGGGGCUGACAUGCUUGGUGUAGGGUUUUGGCGGGCAGCCCCGCACUCGUAAGGGAUUUGUUGCCACUCAUCACUAUGGGAAUGUCCUGUCACCUGAAACUCGCGCUGCAAGACAGCGCACGUGCUGCAUGGGUGUUCCUAUGGUCCGCUUGCUGACUUGCGACGACAAAAUUACGUUUCGUGACUUGUAUGGCUGUUGACUAUAUGACUGCAAAUGGACAUUUGACUGAACAGUGGCCUACCGUGGCCUGAACGUUAAUGUAAUCUGGCGGCAAAAAAUGCAGCUUAGGAAGGUAAUUUAACCGAAUGUAACGUCUCAAGCUCCAGGG